UAUUGUGUUUUUUCUCAUGACAAAAAGAACUCUCUCUUCUCUCCACCAGAAAAUGAAGUAGAGAAUUUUCCUGGUUUAAUUUUUGUCUUCCUCUAUCAGCAACAAAACCCAAAAACUUCCUUGUUUUUUUCUUGCUUUUUUUUUUUUUUUUUUAUCACCAAUAAGCUCCAUCUCUUUCUUCAGACAGCAACAACAAGCAACAGAAAUUAAGCAAAAUCAAGAAAGAAACAAGAGGAUUUUCACUUUUUCUUGGCUUUUCCUUCAAUGUCAAAUAUCACGGGUGAAGGUGAAAGCUUCUCUUCUGGGAAUACCACUGCUGUUGGAGAAGUAGAAGUUCAUCAACAACAAGAGCAAGAGCAAGAGCAUCUUAAUCACUUAAACUCCAUAGCUUCAAGAACUACAACUACCGCUAAUGGAUCCACUGCUGAAGAAAAUCAACCUACAACAGUUUUUAAGAAGAAGAGAAGCUUACCAGGAAACCCAGACCCUAGUGCAGAAGUUAUUGCUUUAUCACCAAAUACUCUAGUGGCUACAAACAGAUUUGUAUGUGAAAUAUGCAACAAAGGUUUCCAAAGAGAGCAAAAUCUGCAAUUGCAUAGGCGAGGACACAACCUGCCAUGGAAGCUUAGACAAAGAACAAGCAAAGAGAUCAAGAAAAGGGUUUAUGUUUGCCCAGAACCUUCAUGUGUUCAUCACAAUCCGGCUCGAGCAUUAGGUGAUCUUACAGGAAUUAAGAAGCAUUUCAGUCGUAAACAUGGCGAAAAGAAAUGGAAAUGUGAAAAAUGCUCUAAGAAAUAUGCUGUUCAAUCUGAUUGGAAAGCUCAUACAAAGACCUGUGGUACUAAGGAGUACAAAUGUGACUGUGGCACCAUCUUCUCCAGGAGGGACAGCUUCAUCACUCACAGGGCUUUCUGCGAUGCCCUAACAGAAGAAAAUAACAAAGCAAAUCAAGGAUUAUUGUCCAACAUGGAAGAAAACUUGCAUGGCCAAAUCCCAAAUCUCAUAUCCAUGCCUGUGAACAAAGCUUCCAACUUUAACCAUUUGGAUACCAAAAUCCCAUUAUCUCUGCCCCACGAACUCAUGGCAAUGCAACCUAAAAACUCAGGAACCAUGCUUUCAAGUAGCAGCACUACAAGCCUUUUCGGUGGAAGAGCCAUGUCAAAUACUUCAACAAUCUUUGAAGGAAAUAAUGGGCAUUUAGCUGCUGGAACAUCAGCUUCAAUGUCAGCCACUGCAUUGCUGCAAAAAGCAGCUCAAAUGGGUGCAACUGCAACUAAUAGUAACCUCGUGACCUCUCCCAUGACCCACAAGAGCUUUGUAACUAGUAUGGCACCUUCAACAUUUGGUCAAUUGCAGACGUCAAAUGAUCAGUCUCAAGUGACAGCAGCAGAAGGCAACGGAGGACUUAUCGACCAGUUUUUCAGUGGGAUUAUUGAGAACUCAGCAGCAAACCACAUGGGAAUGUUUAAUGGGGUUUUAGCUCAAAACAGUGCAUUUUUCAAGAACAUUGAGCAUGGAAGCAGCAAUAAUAAGAGCUUCUUUCAUGGUGUAAAUUCAAAUCCUGGUUUAAGAAUCCCAUCGACCGCCGGAGCUAAUAAUAAUCCAAGUGGGUUAGCGAGGUUCCAUGGGGAUGUGAUGACGGUCGAUUUCUUAGGAGUAGGAGGAUCAAGACAAAGGAAUAUCCAUGAGCAGCAGAAACAAGAAAUGGAGUUUAGAGGAAUUGGUGAUCCAAGAAUUCAUCAAGGUUUGGGUCAUUUUGAGCAACAAGCUGCAGCUUUGGAGAAACCCAUGUGGGAUGUCUGAAGAAUGAAAACAAUAUUUCAUGAGUUCUAGCUGGUCCUUGUAAUGAGUUCUCUCAUUUGCCUUUUUUCCAAAAAGAGAUUUUAGCUUUUUCUUUUCUUUCUUUCUUUUUUUACCCUUGGAUUUUGAUAUCAGCUGCCAUGGAACAACCUCUAAGAUUCUUUGCUAAAGAUCAAAGAUGAAGAGGAUUUUUAAUGCGAAAUUAGUAAUUUAGUAUCAGUAGAAGAAAUUGUAGAGAUGAUUAUUAAAUAAAUUCUUCUUUCCUAGUUA